AUGAAAAGUCUUCUUGACAGAUGCCUAUUCAGGAGGGAGUGGGAUGACGGAAAGGUAGAAGAAGUCGUCAAGUACGCCGGUAGUGGCAAGGCGAAACUGUUCCGCACCGGCGCGUUCACAUCUUUUUCUGUGAAGGAAUCCCACCAGGGCGAUGUGAGGCAUCUUCCCACCGGCGCGCGCACAUUGCUUCUUGAUGCUAACGCUGGUGAAGUUGUUGUGCGUGGUGUCAACAAAUUUUUCGACAUCGAAGAUGUUGAGCGCGAUUUAGAUGACAUUGGUAAACUCUGGGAAAUGGGGUCUGUGUGGUUGCAGAGAAAAAUGGCUGGCUUCACUGUUACGUGUUUUUCCCUCGAUGGCGAGUCUGUCAGUAUUGCCACAAAACACGUUGUAGAGGGACCGCAUGUUGAUGUGGCCCGCCGCAUACUCUGCAGCUCAUUGAGUGCUGAACAACAGAAACAGCUUGCAUCAGACUUGUUCUUGACAGGGGCCGCGCUGAGCUGCGAAUGCAUUUCUGCAAAAGAUGAUCCGCAUCACCCAGUCCCAGAGCGGAACGAAUACGACAAUACUCUUGUAAUCUUUUCCGCACACAAGCGAAGUGACCUACGAGAAGUGAGUGUUUCUUUCGAAACGAUGCGAGUGAUGGCGGAGCGGUGGGGGCUGCCAGUGGUGCCCUGCUGGCGUGUUAGUGGUCGCGAGGAGCUGCACGGGUGGUUGCAGGAGAGGGGGCUCUGGCGGGGAAAAGGCCCCGACGGGAUGCCACUUGGUGAGGGAUAUGUUCUUCUUGUCGAAGUUCCGACAUCCCAUCUCUCACCAACGGUCAUAAUAAAGGAUCCCUUUACUGUGGUUCCAGUUCGAUUAAAAGCAAAGACUGUAAAGUACCGUGUCCUGCGGUCCUUGCGCUCCAUCGUUGCUGGGGAUUCCGUGGCGAGCCCGCAAUUGUUUCAUGAGGUCCUCGCAGUAUGGUCGGAGCACGUCGCCGGAUAUAGGUGUUUUCGACAGGCAGUCACAGAGCACGGUGUCUUCAACUUGUGUUCACAGUUUGAAAAGCACGUUAGUGAACGAAACGGCGUAAGGCUUCGUGGGAGCGAGAUGAGCAUAGGGCGAGCCUUUGAAAGACUAGUGGAAUUCACAGAAAAGCAAGCGCAUGCGAGGUCUCAGGCGCCGCUGCAUGUCGCUAUGUUAUGUGGUAUUCCGGGAGUGGGGAAAUCAACGCUAGCGCAGGCCAUCACUGAAAUGGCGGAGCGGGGUUGCUCUCCCUUUCGGUACGUCAUUCACCUGAAUCGAGAUAGAGUUGCCAAUGACGUUGCAGUACGGGAGGGCAUAGACGGCUCCGCCAGCAAGCACAAGCAGCGGAAACUAAGGGCCAUGGUGCAUCACGCCAUGUUGAAUGCACUGACUCGUCUGAUAUUGCUCUCAUUUCUCCACAAAGGGCCUGGGCUUCUCAUUAUGGAUGCUUGCAAUGCCAAGGUCGACACAAGGCGUCUGUGGCGUGAUGUUUUACCCAAGGAGCUGGAGAGCUUUCGGAUUUUUCACGUGACAUGCACUGACAACUCUACACUCCUGCAACGACUUGCAAAUAGAGAAGACCAUGAGGUGCUUCAUGAUCUUUCGGAGGCUCAAGCUGCACUCUACGCGGUAAAGAAAUCGUUUGUCGAGCCUCCGGAGAGUGAACUAUGUGUGCGGCUAGAUACUGCUAUCAGCUCGGCGGAGGACAUAGCUCGACGCGUCCUGUCGCUCUACACUGGGGACAAGCAACCCCACGCCUCCAUCUAUGACUGUCGGCAAGCUGAAGAGGAGUUGACGACCCUGCGAGCCGCACUCAUUGGGUCACUUGUUGGGUCUGUCGACCGAGACGUCUCAAAACUAUUUGCAAACACCGUCAAACGGGCAAGAGCGGGUACUACCGUCCUUGUGCAACUGAAUAUGUCAUUCGAUAAAUUGAUUGCGAUUGCAGCCGAUACCAUCAUGAGUGUGGUGGCCUCGAGCGGUUCAAGUGAGAGCUUGUGGGAACGAUGCCGAUGCGCCCCAGACUUCGAUGUCAGGCGUUGUGCCGCGAAGGUAGAAGAGGGCCACACACGCUGGAUUCGAGGAUGGCUCUUUGAUGGAAGUGACUCAGACGAGUCAUUUUCGGUGGAUGCAUGGCGUCACGCUUUAGAAGAACGUUUUGAAUGCAAGCCUUGUUUUCCACAUGUUACGCUUGUGUUUGAUGGUUCCAACGCCGAGGCGCUUUCUCUGCUCCCAAUGCCUGGGAGCACUGCUGAGGUGACUCUCAGUUCUGUCCUGCUUGAUCGGUCUGCUCUCUGCUUCAGCGCCACAGUAGCGGCAAAUGGACAAUGUUACGAGCACCAGCUGGACUCACCAGUGGCAGUACCGUUGCACGUGACGGUUGCCCAUACAUCAGAGGUGAAGGCCUCUUGUGCAGGAAUGAUGUUUGGCCUCUUUCAAAAAUGGGGACAUCACAACGCGGAACUGGAGCAAACGAGACAUGAUACUUCAGUGAAGCGGAGUCGUUUAAAGUUCUUCAAUUUCUUGAAGGCCCAUCUGGAUACGCCCAUCUGCGUGCGAGGGGUCGUUGUUGUUGAAACGUGA